AUGCCUGAAGCCAGCACUGCGAUCUUUGAAAAAGACAGCUUUAACGCCGACAAAUAUGUGAAAAAUCUGGUACAAGACUGCGUCGGCGGUCCGGAGCUGCAGCAAACGAAGCAGAAGAUUCAAGCGCUUAGUGAGACAGUAUCAUCCACCCUAAAAAAACAUGUAUAUGAAAAUUACAUGCAGUUCAUCGAAACCGCAAAGGAGAUCUCGCAUCUCGAGUCGGAAAUGUAUCAGCUAUCACACAUACUCAUUGAACAGCGCAACCUAUUGACGACAUUGCGGGAUGAAUCGCUGCUGGACGAACAGAAAAACAUCAUCGAAGAGCAAAGCAUUGACCCAAAUGUAAACGAGGAACAGCAAAACCGGAAAGCGAUUCAAUUGAUCAAGGAAUCACUGCUCGGCUACAAAGGAAACCUAGAUGAUAAAGUUUUCAUUCACGAAGGCGGGCUAAUUGAGCUGGAUUCCAACGAUUACCGACCCAUUUGCCGGAUCCAUCUGUUUUUGUUUAACGAAGUGUUAGUGCUGGCGAAAGUACGAAAUGAAAAGAAACUUGAAUUUCAAACGGAAUACGAAACGAAAAAGAUCGCCGUCAUCAACAUCAAGGAUCUGGACGGAGUGAACAAGAAUGCGAUCAAUGUGAUCACUAGCGACGGAGCCCGCAUGUUCCAGUGCAUCAAUCCUGCCGCUAAGCAGGAGUGGAUCGACAAAUUUGAGUACGCCAUCAAGUUCAAUCAGGUGAAAAAACCCAAAAAAACACAAGCCCCUCCACCACCGACGAGCUUGAAGUUCGAGGCUCCUCAAAAGUCCAUCGAGAGUGAAUUGCUCGCUCUCAGUCCAACAGCUUCGGAAAUGGGUCGUGCCAUCGUUGAAAAUCUGCCUCCCGACUGGUUGGUAACGGCGCCAGAGGAAAUACAGGCCGAAAUCGCGCAGCGCCACUUCGAGGACUGCCUGGCGUUGCUGCAAAGGUGCGAAGAACAUCUUCUCCAGGACAGCUCCUUCCACGGGGCUUCGGAAAUAGGGGAGAAGGUGAAGACGCUCAAAGCGUCGCUAGCGUCGGUACUGAUGCAUGAGCUGUCCAACUCGCAAAGUCGCAGCUUGCAAGCCGCCUUACGUUCGAGCCGUAGGCCCCUGAAACUGCUGGUAGAAAUGGAAAAAUCGCGCGAAGCUUGCGGCAUUCUGCUACGCGUGUGCACGACGGCCAUUCGAACUUCACAGCGCCAAGCUCGUCGCAAUAAUUUAGCCGUUUCUGAGCUGUUCUUCUGCGACGUAGCGCUCGUUGCCAGUGAGUUUCUGCGAGCCUUCAGCGCGAAGGCCUCAUGCACGAGCGCUCUGAUCGUGUGGUGCAACAUGGAGCUGCAAUAUUUCGCUUCGCAGCUGAUAAAGCACUACCUGACGAAAGACACUCAGCUAGAGACAGUCGCAAAGGUGGUGGAAGGCGUGCGUGAACCAUGUCUAAAGUUGCGCGAGAUCGGCCUUGAUCUAUCCUAUCAUAUGGAAGGUUUGCUGCGCAGCACUCUUGGGCAGCUGAUUGACGAGGCCCGUUACCGGCUUAUCGACUCAAUCGGUCGCACCGAGGAUCCGUGGCAGCCCUACAAUCUGCUAACGAAGACCGGUCUGCGCACGCUGUUGAAGGAGUUCGAUACGCUUGGUGUCGACUUCCGGGCGUACGUCACAGGAGACACGUGGAUCAACCUUACACAGGCAACAGUCGGCUUCUGCCGGCAUUUGCUGCAAACGACGGAAAGUUGUGCCUUCCUGGCGAAAUACGACUCGCUACAGCGUGAGGCGGAGCUGCUAAUACGCGAGUUGUUCCUUUCUCAGCAUUCCACCAAGCCACCAAACUCACUUAACGCAGACAUGAACUUCGUGGCGAAAAAUAAAACCUACAUGGCCGAAGUGCUGCUCCCGAUUGCAAUGGGACGGUUUGAACGAAUCACCGGUAAAAAGCCGGAUCUGCUCGCAGAGUUGCAUGUGCAGCUUCGAAUGGUGCCCCCGAAACCGAAACCGCGCAGCGUGUAUCAGACAGACGUUCUAUGAAAGGAUGAUUUAGUGAUAUCCAAGUAGGUUCUUUCUAAGAUUGCCUUA